UCCCGUAUUUGCCUCUAAAGUCGGAGAGAAAGGCGUACUAGAGGUGGGCACUGCGCGAUAGGCCGCUCGAUACGUUGUCUGGGGGUAGCGUGGUCUGGGUGGCGCGAUUUUCCCCUGCACUCACGUACAUACACAUAUACAUACACAAAAAAUACACUCACACACACACACACACAUACACACAUACGUUUAAAAUCAACGGAGCUACGCUCGGAGCUACGGGUCGGAGUCGGCGAAGAACGGCAAUCAUUGAGAGCCCGACUACCGCGCCGUGCAUUUCGCGCCUCCGUCUCCGAGCUCUCGUGUUCGCUAGUAAAAGGAGCAGUGCGCGAAGACGACGAGUAUAACAAUACAAUAUUCGUGACAGUGCACGAGUUCGAUCGAGGACCAAAGAAAGAGAGAGAGAGAGAGACAGAGAAGGAGUGAGCCUGGCAUUCCAUUUCGGAGGUAAAAUUCACGCCAUGGCUAUCGUCUGAGAUCGAUUCCUGAGUGCAAAACUAAUUGUCCCCAUUCUACCUCACUGUCAUUCUACUUUGACAUCGGUGUUCGUCGACGAGCCUGCGUCGAGGAUCUACGGCGAGGUUUAGGAAACAGGAAAUAUCGGGCUGGGGGACGAGGUACAUGACGUGGACACGGAGAUCCUCGUCAUCCCCAGCGAAAUCGUGAAAAUGCGGAGUGGUGAUGCUCACCCUCGGCGUGGCGGUCUCGCGCUCCGCGCAAUAUGGCCGCUCUCGAAGGACGCUUUGCAUCCAGAGAGGGUGAUUUAAUUCAAACAGCAAAGAAUGUCAAAAUCAGGGAGCAUUAAAGAUGGCGAGAAGGGGCCCUACGAUCCGAUCCCUUCCGCCGAAAAGGGCAACGACGAGAUUAAGCUGGAAGCGAAAAUGUCGCUUCUCAAUGGAGUCACCGUCAUCGUCGGGUCCAUCAUCGGUUCCGGCAUUUUCGUCAGUCCAACAGGAGUCCUUAAAUAUACCGGAAGCGUGAAUGCAAGUCUUCUCGUUUGGACGGCAUCCGGAAUUUAUUCUAUGAUAGGGGCUUACUGCUACGCCGAGCUCGGUUGCAUGAUCAAGAAAUCGGGGGCGGAUUAUGCAUACAUUAUGGAGACUUUUGGACCCUUUUUGGCAUUUAUCAGACUAUGGGUUGAGUGUAUGAUAGUGCGUCCUUGCAGUCAGGCUAUCGUGGCUUUAACUUUCAGCGUCUACGUCCUCAAGCCGAUUUUUCCGGACUGCACGCCACCCGAAGAGUCCGUAAGAAUGCUCGCUGUCUGCUGCAUAUGUAUUCUCGCUUUCAUAAAUUGCUGGGAUGUCAAAUGGGCGACGAGAGUGCAGGACAUCUUCACGUAUGCGAAAUUACUCGCACUUUUCAUAAUAAUCUUCACCGGAGCGUAUCAGCUUUGCACUGGACAUACACAGUAUUUUACGUUUGACAACAGCAACACGGAAGUCACGUCUAUAGCACUCAGUUUUUAUUCAGGCCUGUUCGCUUACAACGGUUGGAACUACUUGAACUUCAUAAUUGAAGAACUGAAAGACCCCGUUAGGAAUCUACCGAAGGCCAUCGGCAUUUCGUGCACUCUCGUUACGGUUGUCUACGUCUUUACGAAUAUGGCCUUUUACACUACUCUUAGUCCCGUCGAAGUGCUCGGUAGCGAAGCUGUGGCGGUGACAUACGCAAACAGAUUGUUUGGCGUGAUGGCGUGGACGAUACCGGUUUUCGUAGCUCUAUCUACAUUUGGCGCAGUUAACGGCAUUUUACUCACGUCCUCGCGACUUUUCUAUGCGGGUGCCUGCGAGGGUCAAAUGCCAGAGAUACUGACAAUGAUCCAAAUUUCCAGACUGACACCUGCGCCCGCUGUAAUUUGCAUGGCCUUAUUAUCUAUGGUGUACUUGUGCUCUUCCAACAUUUUCCGUCUUAUCAAUUAUGUCGGCUUCGCCACCUGGCUCAGCAUAGGCGUCUCCGUGUUGUGCCUUCCAUGGCUCAGGUGGAGCCAGCCGAACUUGUUGAGACCGAUCAAAGUGAAUCUCAUUUUUCCGAUCUUCUACAUCCUAGCCACUCUCUUCGUUACGAUUGUUCCGAUGUACGCGAGUCCCGUUGAAACUGGAUACGGUUGUCUAAUGAUAUUUUCCUCCAUACCUGUCUACCUCCUAUUUAUCUCGUGGAAAAACAAACCGAAAUUCUUUCAACAAAAAGUCGGCGCCGUCACCCAAAGUUUGCAGAAGAUGAUGGUAGUCGUGGGGCCACAAAAGGCAAAGGUUCAGAACACACAGUAACAUAAUUUUACUCUUGUCAUGUCACGCAUGCUUAGCACUCAUAUAUUUUCUUUGCUUUCUAUUUUUCGUUUUAUCUGAUUGGAACAUUUGCUAGGAUUAUCUCAUCUUUCAAAAUUGCUCUCGAUUCAUGCAUGCUUCUAAUUGUUACCACAAUUUCUCUUCGCUCUAUUGUACAUUUUAUCGCACUAUCUUAAUUAUUAACUAUCUUCUAUUGUAUUAUAUAUUAUAACAAUAUUGUAUAAUUUAUAAGCUUUCAAAAAUAAAAGUUAAAUUUUUGCUUGCCUGUUCAUCUCGCUUAUCAUUUCUUCGAUUUGGAAAUCAGCAUACGACUGUUUUGAUGCACAUCGAUGAUUUUGUUCAAAUCGUAUAAUCUUUUUAAUUAUUAAUUUUCUAAAAUCUUGACACAUCCUUUUCAAAUUUGAAGAGUUUAACGUCGUUUUAGUCGGCUCGUAAAUAAUUAAUUGAGUAAUUGCUGGCGCUUUCACUUAAGUUAACUAGGACAUUAUUGAGAUUUGAUUUUGCACGUCACACACAUCGACACCACAGAUACACUCAAACAUGAUACACAUUCAAACAUACCAAAUCGAAUCUCUCUCAAAGAACCCUAAUAUCUCAGAUAUUAACAACAGACGCGAUUGAUCGCGUUUCCUUUGCUAGACUCACACUUGCAUCCAAUGACCUCGGGUUAUCGUGGUUAUCACAUUUAUAAUAUCUCGCUUACUCUUGUUACAGUAAACACCACAAGGCGGUUGCAGAAGAUAAUGCUAGUAGUCGGCAAGGCGAAACCCGCUCAGGUAUAAACAGUCAAGACGAACCGGAUCGAAAUCAGAACGAUGAAGACGAGGCUUUUCCGGAAUCGGAAGACGCAGAGGAUUUUUGUCGAUCUUCGAGUUAUAAUCGCUUCCUUCUGCCGGGAAAAAAUGCGAUUGGGAGCGAGAUUGGUUAGCACAUCGAUUCCACAGGAUCGACGGUAUUAUUCUCUUGACUCUUCUGGAUUGAAGAACAAGCGUCCUAGAACAAGAGGCAGCCAUAUCUACGUGUUAGGACGCCAAAAAAAUUAAGGCGAAACGGUUCGUCUUCCAGAUUCGGAUCUCGUCCUUGAUGAACUCCCGUCAAGACGUGCCCGCCCAAAUUUCGAAGCAAGGCUGUUAUUUCUCGUUCGAUUUCACGGCAAAGAGAUAUAUGCGAUGACACGCCUGCACGCUUCUGAAUUCAUUGAUUUUACUAGACAGUUAGCGUCAAAGUCUUCAUGUUUUCACAAAGAUAAAUAUAUAACUGAUUUUGUAUUGGUACUGUUAGUAACAACUACAAUGCCAUUAUUUUUCUUUGCAGAUAACACUUAAUAAUUGUAAAUCUUAAUAAUUUGCUCGAAUAGAAUAAUUAUAAAGAAAUUUGUAAAAUAAAUAUUGCAAUCCAAAUAAUCCAAAAACGUUAUAUUUCUGGAUUAUCUGGAUAAAAUAAUUGAUUAUUUGAAUGUUUCGGAGAUACGAUUAACUCACUGUGUCAGCGAAUAUCGCUACUAUUACGAAGCGUUAUUAAGAAUGUAUUUUAAAAAUACUAAUUACAUCAUGUUUGUAAAUUUGACAUAUUUAAAUAUCGAGAUUUAUCACUGGUAAAAUUAUU